AUGGAAAGGAUUCACAAUCCAUUCCCCGCAUCUUUGCGCUGCGAGAGCAAAAAAUGUAUGCGGAUCCUCGAGUCCUUUAUUCAACCAUCAUCCAUUGAUAGUCCGGGGUUAUCGCUUCCCCCUCAUGUCCUGGAGAAGGCAAAGGGCUUAGUUAUCUUCACCGUCUUCCGCAUCGGCUUUAUGGGCGCAGCUCGAUUCGGAUCGGGGAUUAUGCUCGCGCGUCUCGACGAUGGCAGCUGGUCGCCUCCAUCUGCGAUUACAAUUCUUGGAGCUGGAUUCGGGGGCCUGGUUGGCGUCGAGAUGACCGAUUUCGUUUUCGUCCUCAACGAUCCCCACGCCGUCCGGACAUUCUCGCAGUGUGGAAGUGCGUUACUGAGUGCCAACCUCUCGACGGCACUCGGGCCAGUUGGGAGAAGUGUCGAGGUGGGUGGAGGAGCUAGUGCGAAGGGUGCUGCAGCGACGUUCGCAUACUCGAAAUCCAAGGGGGUAUAUGGAGGGAUGUCUCUUGAGGGGGCCAUCCUGAUCGAGCGAAGACACGCCAACCAGAAAUUCUACAAGCGAAAGGUCAAAGCAUCGCAGGUACUGACGGGUGCCGUUGCACCGCCGCCGGAAGUGAAACCGCUGAUGGACAUACUGGCGCUGCACGUCUUCCAUCCGAAGCUCGAUACCCCAACGCUGUCUCGUGAGAUGCCACCCGAUGAUACAGUCGAACUACCAGCUGAAGGAGAGCAUCAAGUGUCGGAGCUGCACACGGAACCAUCUCAACCGGUGUAUGAAUUGGAUGCUGGGCCAGCUCCUACGCUUCCUAUGCCUCGCGCUAUCCAGUCGGAACAAUGA